AUGAUAGCUCAACGUUCACUUUAUAUUCUUGGACUAGUUAAUCUUAUUCUUGCUGGUAUAGCUAUUCUAUGUGUAAUACAAGCGGAAGAUCAUCCAGAAUAUUUUUCACUUGUUUAUAUUACUAUAAGUAUAUUCAUUUUUUAUAUGGCUACAAUUAUAUUGAUUAUUAUAAUACAAAUAAUUGAAACGUAUCAGGAACAACAUAAAAAAAAUUCUUCAUCAUUAUCAAUUGAAACACCAUUAUUAACACCUAAAUUAAUGACUCAAAAAAAUCCAAUUCUUGUUGAAAGUGUAAUAACAAAAACACAACCUAAAACACGUUUAUCACGUAGUCACACAUUACCAUUAACACCCUAUUCAUUAAAUUCUCCUUAUACAUUAUCAAAUUUAAUGUUAUCAUCAACACAUAAAAAUUAUAAACCAAUGACAUCAAUACCUUCAUCUCAUUUAGAAUUAUUACCUAAAUAUAAUCAAUCAUUUAUAACUAUACCAAAAAAUUAUCAAUCUUUUUCAUCAACAACAAAUGAUCAAUUAUGUCACACAUUUAAAACAAUAACUAAUAAUGACAGACAUGCUCAUUUAUCAUCUCUUAUUAAACCAAUUCCAUUUAAAUAUCAUAGAAAUAUGGAAAAUAAUCAAACAAAAUUUAAAUAUUCAGAAUAA